UCACUCUCGCGAGGUCCCACGGAGCAGAGCCGGGAGUGCUGCGGAGUGUGGAAGUCGUUGGAGUCACUUGCCUGUCAGCAGCUCCUGUGUCAGCCCGUCGGCGCCCCUCCCGCUCCAGCCAUGCUUUCCGCCCUCGCCCGGCCUGCCAGCGCUGCUCUCCGCCGCAGCUUCAGCACCUCGGCCCAGAACAAUGCUAAAGUAGCCGUGCUAGGGGCCUCUGGAGGCAUCGGGCAGCCGCUUUCACUUCUCCUGAAGAACAGCCCCUUGGUGAGCCGCCUGACCCUCUACGAUAUGGCGCACACACCCGGAGUGGCCGCAGAUCUGAGCCACAUGAAGACCAAAGCCGUUGUGAAAGGCUACCUCGGACCUGAACAGCUGCCUGACUGCCUAAAAGGUUGUGAUGUGGUAGUUAUUCCGGCCGGAGUCCCCAGAAAACCAGGCAUGACCCGGGACGACCUGUUUAACACCAAUGCCACGAUUGUGGCCACUCUGGCCGCUGCCUGUGCCCAGCACUGCCCAGAAGCCAUGAUCUGCAUCAUUGCCAAACCGGUUAACUCCACCAUCCCCAUCACAGCAGAAGUUUUCAAGAAGCACGGAGUGUACAACCCCAGCAAGAUCUUCGGCGUGACGACCCUGGACAUCGUCAAAGCCAACACCUUUGUUGCAGAGCUGAAGGGUUUGGAUCCAGCUCGAGUCAACGUCCCUGUCAUUGGUGGCCAUGCCGGGAAGACCAUCAUCCCCCUGAUCUCUCAGUGCACCCCCAAGGUGGACUUUCACCAGGACCAGCUGACGGCGCUCACUGGGCGGAUCCAGGAGGCCGGCACGGAGGUGGUCAAGGCUAAAGCCGGAGCAGGCUCUGCCACCCUCUCCAUGGCGUAUGCCGGCGCCCGCUUCGUCUUCUCCCUUGUGGAUGCAAUGAAUGGAAAGGAAGGUGUUGUGGAAUGUUCCUUCGUUAAGUCACAGGAAACGGAAUGUACCUACUUCUCCACGCCACUGCUGCUUGGGAAAAAGGGCAUCGAGAAGAACCUGGGCAUUGGCCAAGUCUCCUCUUUUGAGGAGAAGAUGAUCUCGGAAGCCAUUCCUGAGCUGAAGGCCUCCAUCAAGAAGGGGGAAGAUUUCGUGAAGACCCUGAAGUGAGCCCCCGUGACGGGCGGCCAGUUUCCUUAAUUUAUAAAGGCAUCAUGUCACUGCAAAGCUGUUGCAGAUAACCUUUGUAUUUUAAUUUGCUUUGGUGAUGAUUACUGUAUUAACAUCAUCAUGCCUUCCAAAUUGUGGGUGACUCGAUGGACACAUCAAUAAAAGCCGUCCUUGAUUUAAAAAAAAAAAAAAAAG